AUGUCGGUGGCUGUAGGUGUGUUUACGUAUGUGAUCAUGGUGACGGUACGCGGCUCUCUGCACCUGCGUCAUAAUGUCCACUAUCGCCUGCUGCUGCAGCACUGCUUCUGCCUCAUGGGCUUCAACGCAGCGGGCAGCGCGAUACACGGCAUCCGCUCCCUGCGUCUCCCCGCAACACGCCUCACCUGCUGGAUCCUGUUCGACCUGCAGGUGGUGAUGGGGCGUGGCAUCACCCUCACCCUCACCCUCAUGUGCAUGUGCACGUGUCUCUCUGUGUGCCGCCCGCUGCACUAUAGAACAUUAGUGAGGAGCUUGUAUCGCUGGAUGAUGUUAGCAGCAUGGAUCCUGGCUCUAAUAAACCCGCUGGUGUUCACGGUGGUGGCGUUCGCACAGAAUCCGUGGUCCUACCUGCUCUCGCCGGACUCACAGUGUCCCACAGCUCUGGAGGGUGAAGUGUGCAUCAUCAGUGCGCUCCUGCUCCUCUUCCUCAUGACGCUGCUUAUUUUCAUCAGUUACGUCCUCAUCUGCCUGGAGGCUCACUAUGCCGGUCAUUUCUCUGAGUCCAACACUAAAGGACGACUCACCAUCCUCGUCCAUGUGCUGCAGAUCAGCCUGCAUGUCGUACCCGCCUUCAUCAUCAUCUCCCGCUUGCAACAGGAGCUCAUCGUGGAAAUCGUCACCUUCCUGAUCUUCAGCAUCUCGCAGGUUCUCAGUCCGGUCAUUUACGGCCUGCGCUGUAAGGAACUCAACAUGGAAAUCCUGCGAUUAUUCCCUGGCUGCUGUAGCCAGUGUGUGACCCAGGAGUCCAGCGUGAGCGUGGAGCAGCGUGAAAGCCCCGGGACACUCAGACGCCCCUCAGUAGUAGUGAUCAGCACCGGAACAUGCAACCACACGUGUACCGUUACUGUCCACAUGUCUGCCCAUGAGUCUGACAACAAGAACAAACAUCAGAUCCAUGAAGAUUACGAGGAAACUUUAGUGUGAAAUGGAGCUGCUCCACCAACAGGUAAUGUCAAACUGGAAAAAAACCCACUGAAAAACAGAACUGUGAGGGAAUUUUGAGAACUUUGAGAACUUUCCUACACAAACCGUACACUCCUG